AGAAUUUUGGGUCGUCAUUUUUUUUAAGGGCCAAGGCGCCAUUUUUCCAGGAAAAAAUGCCAAAUAGUUUAUGAUUAGCAUUUCAUUUCGCCUCGAUGAAAUUUCGAACUUUGCUCGUGGUGAACAAAGUUGUUGUCUUUGCGAAACUUUUAUCUGUAUUACAAAAAGUGGAGAAAACGGCCUUUCUCAUUCUUUGUUCUGAAGCGGACGAAGAAAUACGUCUGGUCACAAAGGCAGAUGCGUUCAACGGACUAUAUACCUCGGCUCUUCUACGAAAGUCUGAAUUCUUUGAAGAUUAUCGAAUAGAAAGCAAGUAUCACAACCUCAUAGGAUUGGAAUUUCAGUUGUCUGCUUUCGAAGACGCUAUUCGUGCUUCUUCCAACGCUGCUGGAGUCAUUAUGAAGCUAUCAAAAAAGGAACAGGCUUGUAUAUCGUUUCACAUCCAGACCUUGACUUCAAAUAUUAUCCAAGAUGUACCAGUUCGUGUAAUUACUCCGACACAAAUUGAAGAACUUGCUGAACCUAAUCUUCCACCUUGUAGUGGAGUAGUUUUAAGUCCUCUACAAAAGAUUGCCAUUCUCAUAGAAAAAUUCCGACAUGUCAGUCAGUCUAUACAGCUUACACUUCAGUCAACCCAAGCUGCUGAGCUUCAUAUCAAAUGUCAUUCAGAAACCUUGGAAGUUGAAACGUGUAUUAAAGGACUAAAAAUAGUUACUUUAAAUAGUGAAGAGUCCAGUUCAGAGAUAGAGCAAAGUACAAGUGCUUCUGUGGAUGGCAGACAUUUAUCCAAAGCAAUGUUUGCUGCCUAUCUGAUACCGCAACGUGCAUUUUGUUUUAUCUUGUCAAAUCUCGUACUGCUUCACAUCGAACUUUCUGGAGUAGAUAUCUCAUACUACCUUCCAGUGAUAAUUCAGUAAUUACUGCUCAAAUUCUAUUAAUUCUGCUAUUUAUUCGGUUUAUUGAGUCCAUGAAUUGAUUACUUACAGUAGUAAAAAUGGCAUAAUGAUCGCUCAUCCAACACUCAUUUUUCCCAACGACUAUUGAAUUGCUUUUCGUUUGUGUAAAGCUUUUGUAUAUUAUUUCAAAUAGAAAACUAGGCCGCGAUGCCCGUGUAUUUAAUAAACCAAAGCAAGUGACCUCUUUCUGUCUCUCUCUCUCUCUCUCUCUGUGUGUGUGUGUGUGUGUGUAUGUAUGUAUGUAUGUGCUCUUCUGAACAAGAAAAUCUUAGAGUCGAUGAUCAACCAAAUGUGGCAGUUCCAUAAGGGCAUAUCUUUCUUCAAUGACAUUGAAGAGCGACGGAUAUCAAAAAAAAAAAAUAAACCGUUCAACGAUGUA